AUGAUCGCCGACCUAGUCCAAUGGGCCGAGGCCAAUGGCGCUCAACUCAGUCCCGGGAUCACAGCCAAGAGUCUCGGCACUGGAAACCUUGGUGUGGUUGCUGACGGCAGCCACCCGGACGUCGAGAUCUCGGUGCCUUCGAAACUUAUGAUCCACGCCAAUUUAGCUGAUUCGGCUGAAUAUGGCGACUCUCCCAGUCUUUCUCGACUCAAAUUAUAUUUGGCCAAGGAGAGAAACAAUCCGAGCAACUUCUACCAGCCGUACUUUGCCGCUUUGCCCGAUUUCGAUGCCAUCAACCUGCCGUUGACAUGGCUGGCAGAACACCAGCUGCUCUUGAAGGGGACUAAUCUUGGUGGGUCUAUCAAGGACCAUUUGUCCAAGCUUAUUGAAGAAUGGUGGCAGGCAGUGGAACGGCUUCCGGCUACGGUGGAAAAGCCCGCCACUCAUUUUAUGAACCAGAAGUUCUACUACGAGCUGAAGUUCUAUGAAGCCGACGAUAUGUACAAAUAUUUGCACGAGUACGAUGUGGCUAACUGGACAUCAUUUCCUGCCUACCUUUGGGCGCUGCUUAUCCUUAAACUGAGAGCUUUCCCUGCCUACUUGGCCCGGGAAGACUUGGAAAAGUAUGGCCCUGUAAAGGCUAAUGACGUGAUGUUGGUACCGAUAAUUGAUUUGUUGAACCACUCACCAUCGGCUAAGGUCGACUGGGUGUUUGACCAAGGUAAAUUUACUUUUAAGACGACCAUAUCCACUGUGGGUGAAGUGCACAACAAUUACGGCAUGAAAGGCAACGAGGAGUUGCUUUUGGGCUACGGGUUUGUCCUUGAAAAUAACCAAGCCGAUACCGCUGCAGUAAAGAUUAAGAUCCCCGAGGUAUUGGUGGAAGAACUCAAACUGGAGGGGGUGAAACUUCCUACCAUUUCCGACUAUACCAUGAGUGUGGUCGACACCAGCAAAACCACAGAGGAAACUGACGAGAAGGAAGAAACUGCUAGUCCCAGUGACGGCACAAUCUUCUUCCUUUCUCAAGUACUGUUGCCGCCGGCUUUAGUGCUGGUAUUUUCGAUCUUAGUCCGCAACCGGUGGGACCAACCCGGUCUGCUCCGGGCUAAGCUUAUGGGGUUACUGUCACUCACCCAAGCGCUUGAGGCGAAGCUGGAGUUGAUCAAUGUGCCAGAGGGAAACUCGGAAGUGGAGACGACGGUGAGAAUUUAUGCCCAGAGCCAGAAGCUGAUCUUCAAGCUGGCGUUGAAGCACAUCAAAAGCGAGACGAAACAGUUGUUUGCCGACCACAAAUCGCAGCUUGUCACUCUGAAAACGGUGUACAAGUACGAUGUGAAAAUUACUAAUGCCUUGCUCUUAGCGUUUGGGUUCACGCUGCUUGAAGACGUCUACGCCCACCAGUUCCAGGACCAGAUGUGGUUGUUGUGGCUUGUCAGAUGUGCCAACCGCGACGCCUACGUUGAUCCUGAAUCUGAUGAAGGCGAUGAAGAUAACUGGCUUCCUAAGUGGGUUAAAACUUGCUUUGACCGGGUGGCUAAUGAGUGUGAAGUUUCUCCUCAGGAAAUCAUCGCUUACAAGGAUAUCUACCAACAAUUGGUGCCUCCCUUGGCUCAAGCGGUUCCUGAAGUGUUUGGUAAAGGUGAUUGGGGAGUUAAAAACUUCAUCCUUGCCGCAAAGCUUUUGGACUUGGUUAGUUUCGUCCGCGGUAAGGACCAAGAGUGUAUCGUGGUCGAACCCGAGGCCGUGGCCAAGGCGUAA